AUGGCAGUCCGAAUUCCAGGAUAUAAAUGGUGGUCUGAGCUCCAAUUCAUGCAUGAUACUGGUGCUACCAUGCUGGCACUAUACAGAGGUGAUAUUCGAACCAUCAUGGGUCCAUUUGGCCCACCAAAUGAUCCUCCACUCCGCGUGGCAUGGAGUACGGUAUUCUAUACCGCUAACGGACCGAAAACACAAGAGAUUGUUCAACUUGAAGUGACUAUCCUAGAUGGUAGAGGCGAACGAUUGGCUCCGUGGACUAGAAUCCAAGCUUCUCUUAUGGAUGGAGACCAUCAGCCUGGUGUGAAUGCACGAAUGGAUGGUCCCUGGUUGAGGUACAUGAUGUAUUAUGCCAAUGUUCCUGAUGGAAAUUUGGAUUUGUUUAUCGCAGACACACAGAAGGAGUUGAUGGAUCAUUUACCGGUACCUAAUCCUCAUGUGAGAGGGGCGCCACGCAGAAAUGUUGGAGGUGGGGGCAGCAGAGGAAUUCCUAUGCCACCAGGGACAACUGCUCCGCCCACUAGACCCGCAUUAUCUGAAGCGGAUGUACCUAAACAGCCGAAGGCUCUACCCCCGCAGAGUAGAGGUGCUGUAAUCCCGCAUCUUGAGUAUCAUGACGAUAUGAAUGAUUGA